AUGGGUCAUAGCAUUCCUAUUAUGGCUUCUCCAUUUCAGCAGAUGGCUGAGUUCUUUCGUCACUUGGUUAGAAUAAUGUCCGACGCUAAUGAAAUGAAUUUUGAGAAGAUGAGGAAAACGGGCGGCGUUGAGUUUGAAGGCACUACUGAUCCCAAUGAAGUUGAACAGUGGCUUGAGCACAUGGAGAGGGUCUUUGAUCAAUUAGAGUGCUCAGAUGCUACCAAAUUCAAGUAUGCCAUCUCUUUUUUACAAAAAGAUGCCUAUGAUUGGUGGAUUACCGUGCCUAAUGCAAAAGCAAAACCUCCAGCUCUUACUUGGAAUGACUUUGUGAAUGCAUUAUGUAUGAAAUAUGUCCCUCCUUCCUAUUGUGAUGCAAAGAAGAAAGAGUUUCGGGAUCUAAAGCAAAGGAGUAUGUUUAUUGCAGAGUAUCAACAAAGUUUCUCAGGCUUGCUUUUACUGUGGAGAGGUGAAAAAUCUAGAAACAUUCAAGCAGCAGGUUCAAGUGGAGCUAAUCAGGCUAGUUGGUCAAGAGCUACUGCACGAGUUUAUGCCAUGAGACAGAGGGAUGACUAA